AUGACGAAGUCGACGCCGCUUGUGGCAGGUGCCUUAGGCACCGCGCUCUACUUCGCGGCGCCAUCCUUCGUGCCGCCAGCCGCGCCGCAUGCCGCCACCGUGGCGCCCGAGAACGUCCAGAAGCCUGUGCCUGGCGGGACCAGUGGCCUUGGUGCCACUGCCGUUGUGGCAGCGGCUGCAAUGGGCUCGGUGGCUGCGGCACGCCAACGAGUGGCACGGAAAGCCGAGGCUGUAUUGGAGGAGGCAGAGCCGCCGUUUGACCCCAGAAAGGAGCCAGGCGUGACUCUCCCAAUGAGAUACUUUGAUCCGCUUGGCUUUGCCAAGGAGGGUGAUCGUGAAGGGUUCUACCAGCUGCGCUCUGCUGAGCUCAAGCAUGGUCGAGUGGCGAUGAUCGCCUCUUUGGGCAUGGUCUUCCAGCACUGGUUCCGCCUGCCAGGCUUCGAAGAUGUGCCUUCCGGCAUUCAGGCUGUCAUCACGCCCCCAGGUCCCUAUGGGCUGCUGGGCAUUGUGGCUUUGGCUGGGGCCCUGGAGUUGACGGUCUUCAAGCAGGACCCAGACAUGGACCCAGGUGACUUCGGAGAUCCUGCCGGCUUUGGCCAGACCUACACGGAGUGGAAAGACCGGGAAUUGAACAACUGUCGCAUGGGGAUGGUGUCCUUCCUUGGCAUCGUCAUUGCUGAGUUGGCUACUGGCAAGGAUGGCGUGGAGCAAAUCUGGACUCCUCUCGGAAAUCUCAAGCCCGAGUGA